UGAUAAGUUUCUACAAAAUUCAAAUCCCUUACAGAGUUCAGAACCAAAAUAAAGAAAUGGAAUUCCCAUAUACACCCAUUCGGAUCCCGACUUGACACACUACCCAAAGAGCAACAGUUUCUUUAAAAGGAAAAAUGUCGGUAUCACCGUAAACCGUACGCGUAGACAGUAUUUGCAAAUUGCAUAUGUUAAAUAAUUUCCCGCACAACCAUCUAAAAAUCGAAACCCAAUCUCUCGUUGCAGUUUUCUCUCCAAGUUCAACCACACACAAGAUACGAGACGAGACAUGAUGCCUAGAUAGCGGCCAGAUCUCUUCCAUUACUUCCAUCUCUCCACCGCUUCUUCUUACAAUAAGAAGAAUCCAUCGCCGAUUUUCUGGUGCUUCUUCGCUGAACAAAGUCAACUGCUUCGUCGCCGUUUUGACUGACCGGCUUUCUUCUUCUCCUUACGCCGCAGAUCUAGGAGUUGAAAAGCUGAAAAUAUAACUAAACUUACCGCUAGAUCAGUUUGAGGGAGGUGAUUUUGGUUGAAAUCAAACGGUAAAGAUGUCGUCGAGCACGAUUCGGAAAGCGAUCGGGGCCGUUAAGGACCAAACGACCAUUGGAAUAGCCAAGGUAGCGAGCAACAUGGCGCCGGACCUCGAGGUGGCGGUCGUGAAGGCGACGAGCCACGACGACGAUCCAGCUGACGAGAAAUACAUACGAGAAAUCCUGAGUUUGACCUCGUACUCACGCGGAUACGUUCACGCGUGCGUGUCGGCUGUGUCGAAACGGCUAGGGAAGACACGUGACUGGAUCGUGGCACUCAAAGCACUGGUGCUUGUUCACAGGCUGAUGAAUGAUGGAGAUCCGGUGUUUCAAGAAGAGAUCUUGUAUGCUACAAGGAAAGGUACGAGGUUGUUGAAUAUGUCGGAUUUUAGAGAUGAGGCUCACUCGAGUUCUUGGGAUCAUUCUGCUUUUGUAAGAACCUAUGCUAUGUAUUUAGAUCAAAGGCUUGAAUUGAUGCUUUUCGAUAGGAAAAGAGGCAGUGGCAGUGGUUCUGGGGGAAGUAGUCAUGGAAAUGGUGAUGAUAGAUACAGUGUGAGAGACAAUUUCCGGUCACCGCCACCAAGGCAGAAUGAGUAUGAUUAUGGCGAUUUCAGAGGUGAUAAUAAUGGGUAUGGGAAUUACGGGAUGAACAGGAGAACGAGGUCUUUUGGUGACAUGAGUGAGGCGGUUGGGAGAGAUGGGAGAGAAGAGAAGAAAGCAGUGACCCCAUUGAGGGAAAUGAAGCCUGAGAGGAUUUUUGGGAAGAUGGGUCACUUGCAGAGGUUGUUGGAUCGGUUCUUGUCUUGUAGGCCUACAGGGUUGGCUAAGAAUGGUAGGAUGAUCUUGAUUGCUUUGUAUCCUGUUGUGAAAGAAAGUUUUCAGUUAUAUGCAGAUAUUUGUGAGGUUUUGGCUGUGUUGCUUGAUAGAUUUUUUGAUAUGGAGUACCCAGAUUGUGUUAAGGCAUUUGAUGCAUAUGCGAGUGCAGCGAAGCAGAUUGAUGAGUUGAUUGCAUUUUAUAAUUGGUGUAAGGAUAUCGGUGUGGCUAGGUCAUCGGAGUAUCCUGAGGUGCAGAGGAUUACAGAUAAGUUGUUGGAGACAUUGGAGGAAUUUGUGAGGGAUAGAGCUAAGAAGCCAACGAGUCCAGAGAGAAAGGAGCUUCCUCCUCCACCUAAAGAGGAAGAGCCUGAACCAAAUAUGAAUGAAGUAAAGGCGCUACCUGCACCUGAGAAUUAUGCUCCACCACCGCCACCAUCAGAGCCGGAGCCUGUUAAACCUCCAGAACCCCAGGAGGAUUUAGUGGAUUUGAGGGAUGAUGUUGUCACAGCCGAUGAUCAGGGAAACAAAUUUGCUUUGGCUUUGUUUAAUGGUCCUGCAGCAAAUAAUGGUAAUGGAUCAUGGGAAGCUUUCCCAUCAAAUGGGCAGCCCGAAUUGACAUCUGCUUGGCAAACCCCAGCUGCUGAACCAGGGAAGGCAGAUUGGGAAUUGGCUUUGGUUGAGUCAGCUAGUAAUUUGUCGAGGCAAAAAGCAGCUUUGGGUGGUGGGCUUGAUCCAUUAUUGUUGAAUGGCAUGUAUGAUCAGGGAAUGGUAAGGCAGCAUGUCAGCACUGGUCAGUUAAGUGGGGGGAGUGCCAGUAGUGUGGCAUUGCCAGGGCCAGGGAAGACACCGGUUUUAGCUCUUCCUGCACCAGAUGGAACAGUUCAGAAUGUCAAUCAAGACCCAUUUGCUGCGUCAUUGAGCAUUCCACCUCCUUCAUAUGUGCAAAUGGCUGACAUGGAAAAGAAGCAACAUUUACUUGUCCAGGAACAGCAGGUAUGGCAGCAAUAUUCGAAGGAUGGAAUGCAAGGUCAAUCUAGUUUGGCCAAGAUUAACAACCCUGGAUAUUAUGGACCUGGACCGAUGCCAGUGAUGCCUUAUGGAAUGCCACCUGUUAAUGGAAUGGGGCCACCGCCCGGGUAUUACUACACACCUUACUGAUUUUCUUACAAUGACUUUUCUUUGCCUACUUUGGUAUUAUCUUUUCUAGUUUUCUUUCUCUGCUUUUCUUUUGAAAUGAUAUGAUGUUCCUCAAGUUGUGCAAAAAAAUCAGAAGAAAAGAGAGAGGAGACUUGGGUUCAAAUACUUAUUGUGGGAUUUUUGAUGCGGGGAGAUUCAAGGUCCGAUUACAAUGUCUCUUUUUCUUUGUAAUAUUAGAAUAUUAUUGACAUUCAUAUCUUUAAUGUUUUUCUCUUCUCAAGACAUUUGAAAUAACUUGAUAUUAAUUGAAUUUAAAACUUGUUCAACUUUGUUGGGCUUGAUUAACCAAAA